GGGAGUGGGGCUGUUGAUAUCAAUAUGGCGGUUGUCAGCCAGACAAAGACAGUCAGUCUGAUGUGAUUGAGACAAGGGAGGUUUUCAGGGGGAGACUGGGAGAUAGGGGCCUCCCCUCCCCCUUCUCCUCUUCCUGCGCGGACCUCAACCCCUCCCCAGGCCCCUCCCGCCUGGCGCCCCACGCGGAAAGACACCCCUCCCCCUCCCGAUUUCCCCUCUUCCCUCCCUAUCUCAGCCCUUCGUACUGGGACGUUGGGGAGGGGGCUGUGCCGCGCGGAGAGAACUCAGCUACGAUUCCGAGGAUUCUUUCUAGAUUUUGGUCAUUGUUUGAAGAGGAAAGGGGAACAUGAUCAUAGAUAUUAAUGGUAAAUAACACCGGUCAUCUCUAGAAAGGAUAUUGAUUCACCUUAUGUAAAGUAUGCUCAGUUCCUUCCCAGUGGUUUUGUUGGAAACCAUGUCUCACUAUACAGAUGAACCCAGAUUUACCAUAGAACAGAUAGAUCUGCUUCAGCGCCUUCGGCGUACUGGAAUGACUAAACAUGAAAUUCUCCAUGCCUUGGAAACUUUGGACCGACUUGAUCAAGAGCAUAGUGACAAGUUUGGAAGAAGGUCCAGCUAUGGGGGAAGUUCAUAUGGAAAUAGUACCAACAAUGUUGCAGCAUCUUCCUCUACAGCUACAGCUUCCACACAGACCCAGCAUUCGGGAAUGUCCCCAUCGCCUAGCAACAGUUAUGAUACCUCCCCACAGCCUUGCACUACCAAUCAAAAUGGGAGGGAGAAUAACGAGCGAUUGUCCACGUCCAAUGGAAAGAUGUCACCAACUCGCUACCACGCAAACAGCAUGGGUCAGAGGUCAUACAGUUUUGAAGCCUCAGAAGAAGACCUUGAUGUAGAUGAUAAAGUGGAGGAGUUAAUGAGGAGGGACAGCAGUGUGAUAAAAGAGGAAAUCAAAGCCUUUCUUGCCAAUCGGAGGAUUUCCCAAGCAGUUGUUGCACAGGUAACAGGUAUCAGUCAGAGCCGGAUCUCUCACUGGCUGUUGCAGCAGGGAUCAGACCUGAGUGAACAGAAGAAAAGGGCAUUUAACCGAUGGUAUCAACUUGAGAAGACAAAACCAGGGGCUACGCUAAGUAUGAGACCAGCCCCUAUUCCAAUAGAAGACCCCGAAUGGAGACAAACGCCUCCCCCAGUCUCUGCUACGUCGGGCACCUUCCGACUGCGACGAGGGAGUCGAUUCACCUGGAGAAAGGAGUGCCUGGCUGUCAUGGAAAGUUACUUCAAUGAGAAUCAAUACCCAGAUGAAGCAAAGAGAGAAGAAAUUGCGAAUGCUUGCAAUGCAGUUAUACAGAAGCCAGGCAAAAAACUGUCAGAUCUGGAACGCGUUACCUCCCUGAAAGUAUAUAAUUGGUUUGCUAACAGGCGGAAGGAGAUCAAGAGAAGAGCCAACAUCGAAGCAGCAAUCCUGGAGAGUCAUGGGAUAGAUGUGCAGAGUCCAGGAGGCCACUCGAACAGCGACGACGUCGACGGGAAUGACUACUCAGAGCAGGAUACUUGGCAAGUACGCAAUGGGGAGGAGGAGGAGGGAAGAAGUUCAGAGGGAGGCAGAGAAGCAGAGAAGGACGACAACACUAGCCAUAGUGACCACCAGGACCCCAUCUCCUUAGCUGUGGAAAUGGCAGCAGUCAACCACACUAUCUUGGCCUUGGCUCGACAAGGAGCCAACGAAAUCAAGACAGAGGCCCUGGAUGAUGACUGACCAGGGAGGGGUGGACACGAGGCGUUAACUUAGUUUAGACGUAGCACCUUAGCAGACUUUCCUCGGUCCUUAACAUGUGUUCUUACAGUAUAACUUGCAGUUUCUUGUAUGUCAGUUAGCCGUUAGGGUCUUCUUGUUCUGUGAAGAUGGCAUGGUGCCCUCAGCCUUCGCAUAUACUCUCUCAGUAUUAACUCCCAGUAAGUAAUAAGCAACCGACCGACCAGACUUCCUCUCCCGGCCCCUGAGGCUAGAAAAUCUUGCUGCUCUGUCUUAGCAUUCCAAGAAAGUGCUUCCAGGUAUUUAGAUAGCCCUCAGUUCUCAAAUAUUAGGCUGUGUGUGAAACCUUGGGUACCUUCAGAUUCCUGUAACACUAGUCUGUACCCCUCUCCUUCCUCGGGACUGACAGGGUGCAAGCUGAAGGGGUGUGGCCCGGGACUGACAGACCCCGUUCGGGCGGUGUCCGCAGAGUAGAAGGAACACUAGCGCCCCCACCUCCGAGUGGGAAUAUCCGGUUUCCAGCUGCAAUAAGCCGUGCCUCGUCAUAGUCACGCUGUGGCUAGAUCACACUUCUUUGGGUGCUGUGCUAAGAGUGUCCGUGGAAAAACUGGAUCUCAGAUUUUGGUUGACGUUAACAUGCCUGACACAGACAUCCAUUCCUCUCACAAGCUGUGCAGCUUAGUAGAUAAAAUACUGCCUUCUGCCUUUGGGACCACAAUUAAAACAAACAGCAAAAGACACAAAUAGAAGUCACUUAAAAAACACACCCCGGCUUGAGAGGCAGUGGAGGAAAGCCGGGCUGCGUGGGUCAAGGCACCGAGUCCGGCCCGCGGAGUCGCUGCCCGUCGUGGUGAGUGCCGCAGGGCCUCCCGCAAGCUGCUUUGCCUCCUCCUGUCUGUGUCCCCUGUCCCUGCCGCCAGCAGAAGUCUUUCAAGGAUGAAGCUAAGGUCAAAAAUGAGUGAACGAACUUUCAGUCUUUGUAUCCAUUAACUGAAACCCCCUCAGUAGCAGAGGUUGUAGAGGAUUUCAUAGUGGGAUUUUGCUGACUGACUAUCACAAAUGCAAAUACUUCCUCAAUAGGAGCAGAAAAAACGGGCAUUUGCCACUUACGUGGUAGGUCUGCGAGAUAUGACGGGAUGUGACUGCUUUGGUGUUCUUUUUACUCUGUCCUUGUAGAGGUGUGAAAAGCUAUAUUGCUACAGGCAAUUUAUUUAAUAAUUGGAAGCCAUAUUGAUAAUGGAUGUGGUAAUAUUUGUAAAGUUUAAUCUACUUUAAGCAGCAGUAACUAAUGUAAUUUUUUUCCUUGAUCACAUAUGUAGCACUUUUGUUA